AGCAAAGCUUUAAGCUUUCUUUGUAUUUUUCUUAUUAAAAAUAAUAAUUAAAAACAAAUAAGUGACAAUAAGAACAGCCAGGUAGAUUGCCGUAGCUACUACAAAUAUGUGAUUGAGCUUCUAUAUUGUCGUGUUGUCAUUGAGGAACAAACAAAUUGUAUCAUAAGUAUGUUUGAACCUUGUCUUAGUUUUUUCACCACCUGAAACUAAAUUACACUGAAAACUAUGGUAAUGGAAAUUGUCAUUUCUUUGAUAAUCUUAUUCGUUGGGAUUGCUAUUCUGGUUUCUAUCCAUUUCUGCAUAGUUGGUAGAGCUUUUACAAGGGAUAAUAAUAGUGCAGACAUUCAAGUCCAGAGUAGUACUAGCAGAACAACAAAAGGAAUGUUUGGUGACAAUAUUGGUGACUUGAAGAAUCUUCCUUGCUUUGAUUAUGUGGAACAAGAGAGAGGAAACAGCAACAACAAUAACAGCAACGUUGUCGACUGUGCUGUUUGUUUGGAGAGUUUUAACGUUGGUGAUGCUUGUAGGUUGUUGCCUAAUUGCAGACACAGUUUUCAUGUUCAGUGUAUAGACUUGUGGAUUCUCAAGAAACCGUUUUGUCCGAUUUGUAGAACAUGGGUUCAUUCAAGAGUAGUUCUGAGAGAAGAAAGUGCUGUUUCUGAUUCUGAUAUUGUAGAAAUUGAAAUGCCGUAGAGAUUCUGUUUUGUUGAAAUCCUCAGGUGUAAUGUUUUGCAAGUUUUUCUAUUAUUACCUUUGGUAAGAUUGGUAAAUAUUUUUGUGAUUCUGUUUUAUUGAGUUACUGUUGUACUAAUUGCAGUGGUAGAAGAAUCGAUUUAGUUUCAUGCCAAAUGUAGAAAGGGUCAAACAUCAUUCUCUCUGUGGUUGGUUGUGAAAAGCUUAUCCAUUCAAAUUGCUGGGGGUGUUGUUGACAGGUUUUUAGUUGAAAUAAUAGGAACCACUACAAAAGUAGUACACUUGUUUCUGUCUUUUCGACUUGGUGAAUGGCCAAAUUUAUUGUUGUCUGUUUCAAGCCA